AUGCUGUCGCCGCUCGAAAAGAAAUAUUUUCGCGCGCCCGCUCCACAGCGACUCGCGCCUACAAACCACCUGCGCGACUCGGGCAACACGUACGUCAGUCACGCUAUGCGACGCCAGAUUCUCCUCGUGUUGGACGCGACCGAGGCCAUGGCACCGCACCUGCGCUCGCUCCUCGACGACACUGUUUGGCCACUCCUCGAGCGCUGGCUCGGCGAGGCCCGGACGAGCACCGAGGCGGCCCUCCUCACGGUGCGGGACGAGAGCACCGGCUGGGGCGCCAUCUCUCCCUUCACAACCUCGCCGGCGACGCUCCGCCGCUGGCUCGACGCAGUGCCGCUGCACGGCGGGCUGGACCCGCCCGAGCUUCUGUGCGCGCUGACGCUGGUGGCGAGUGCGGUGCCGUGGACAGCGGCGCGCGAAUGCCGGCACGUGCUGCUACUGACCGCCUCGGUGCCUCUUCCGCUGCCGACAUGCACCGAUCCAGAAGCGCACCCGUUUGCGCCUGUGCCGGAAGCCCUCGCCGCGAGCGGCCUCUCCCUGUCAGUCAUCUCGCCCGUCGCCGCCGUGAACCUCGCAGCUCUCCACUCGUCCUGCGCGCGGCCAGCACCACCACGCGCGCCCGCUCCCGUUGCAAUUUCCAGCGACGGCCCGCCGAGCCAGAGCCCUCGCUCCGCCAGCCCGGCGGGCGGGAUGACCAAGCUGUGGGAGGGCGCCCUGCUGCUUACCGCCGAGGAGGGCAGCGUAGAUCUAUGA